AUGGAUGAAACACCUUCGAAAACGCGUCUUCAGAAGAAGAAACAAAAGAAAUCAGAAGCCGAUGAUGAACCAGAAGCCGGAAAUCCCCAAAAGAAGAACAAAUCUAAGAACAAAAACGUUUCUGAUGAAAAAGGAGAAAGUGAUAGUGACCGACCACUGGUGAAGAUGAAAAAGAAGGCAAAGAAAGAUGAUGUGAAGAGAAAGGAAGUCUCUGUGUUAACAUCAUUGUUAACUGCUAAUGAUGAUAACCUAGAAGAGGGAAAAGCGGAAACUGAUGGUGAACAGCAGCAAAAGGAGACGAGAACCAACGUAAAGCCUGGCGCUGCCAAGAAGAAAAAGAAAGUCUCUGAUCCUGAAGAAACCACCCCAUCAAGGAAUUCGCAGAUAUUGAAAGAUAAGGAAUCACCUAGUUCACCUAAGCCUGAAGCAGAAAAGAAAACAAAGACUAAAAAGAAAGCUGCACCAAUGGAAAUUUUGGGUGAUGAUGAUACAGAGAAUGAAGAUGAUAACACAGAUGAUGAGAAGGAAGUAUAUGAUGACAAGGAUGUAGAUGAUGAGAAGGAAGUAGAUGUUAGGAAAGUUGUUGAUCAGAAGAAGAAAAGAAAAAGACAUGAACCCAAACAAUCAGAAGACUUGAAAAAGAUGAAGAAGAAGAAGCAAUCUGAAACAUCUGAAAGUGAAAGGGAAGAAGAAGAAUCUAAUAAGCAAUGUGUUUUCUAUAAACAAGUAAAACCCAAAUCUGCAGUUCAAGCUAACAUGAUGAAUGUGUGUCCGUUUGGGAAAUUCUAUAAUUGGUUAUAUGCUGCAAACAUGGCGUAUUUGGAUGAAUAUCUUCUUAGUUAUUAUUUUUCGCAGCUUUGGUUGGCUGAAGACUCCAACAUAUAUGAGAUAUCAUCCAACAUCGUCAAGCUCAAUUAUGAAUGCAGGAGCAGUGAUGCAUUGUUUAGAAAUGAAAAAGUGUUAAUCAAGUUCCAUGAGAACUUUAGAGAUGAGUACAUUGCAAUGGAGUUAGAACUCUGUGAACCAAGAGAACCAAGGUAA